AUGGCGCUUGCCUCUUCACUUGACCUUAACUGUGGAAACAUCGGCUUCCGUGAAGGGUACACACUGGCACCGGGAACGAGGAGUUACGUGAAGAUGACCGUGAGUAGCAUCAACGCUAACGACGCCGCGACCGCGUGCCAGAAGGAGGGCGCUCAACUCCUCUCCUCCAACAACGCGGCGGUGCACAACCACACGAUGCAGCUGUGGAAGAUCAGGCCGUCCGGCACAAACUCUUUCUGGGUCGGCGGGCGGAGCGUCGGGAACAAGAACAGUUGGGUGUUCCCAGACGAGCUUAGCCUCAUGAAAGACAAGUUCGCCGGCAUUAAAGGUGAUGCGAAUUGA